UCGUGGGGAAUUUUCUUUGCUACUUUACAUUUCUCACCUGAUCCCGCCCAUAUAAACCCAUCGAAUUCCCUCUGCAAUCCAACAUUCACAUCAUCUUCCAAUCUAUCUAUCAAUACUGCUUCCUGCAUUUUACAUCCUUGUCUUCACUUCCCAAUGGACCUGCUUCAAUGUUUUCUCCUCUUAAUCCUUGCAAUCUCAUUUUCCCACCUUGUUUCUGCAAAUUUUUACAAUGACUUUGAUAUCUCAUGGGGAAAUGAUCGUGCUAAGAUACUUGACAAUGGCCAACGCUUGCAGCUUACUCUCGAUCAGUCCUCAGGUUCAGGUUUCCAAUCCAAGAAUGAAUAUUUAUUUGGCAAGAUUGAUAUGCAAAUCAAGCUGGUGCCCGGUAACUCGGCCGGUACUGUUACUGCAUACUAUCUCUCGUCACAAGGGGAUAAACACGACGAAAUAGACUUCGAGUUCCUUGGAAAUCUGUCUGGAGAUCCCUACAUUAUGCACACUAAUGUUUUCUCUCAAGGCAAGGGCAACCGCGAGCAGCAAUUCUACCUCUGGUUCGACCCCACAGCAGAUUUCCACACUUACUCCCUGCUCUGGAAUCCCCAACAAAUUAUGUUUUCUGUGGAUGGAACUCCAGUGAGAGUGUUCAAGAAUAGCGAGGAUUUGGGCGUUGCAUAUCCGAAGAAUCAAGCGAUGAGAAUAUAUUCGAGCCUGUGGAACGCAGACAACUGGGCAACCAGAGGAGGUGCAGUGAAGAUCGAUUGGAGCAAAUCCCCAUUUGUGGCCUCCUAUGGAAAUUUCGAAGCAGAGACAUGCUCUGUCUCCUCUGAUUGCUCUGUGAAUUCAUGGUAUGGUGCAGAGACAUUGGAGUCGAGCGAGCAGCAGAAACUUGAAUGGGUGCGCAAAAACUACAUGAUUUAUGAUUACUGCUCGGACAGUAAAAGGUUUCCACAGGGCUUCCCUGCUGAAUGUACUCGCUAGGCAUCCAACUGACUUUGAAGACCAACACACGCCAAGUUUCACCAAAAUUCUUUUAUUCUUUCAUUUUUUGUAGCCAUUUGCAAAGCCCAAGAGGCUGUAUUUGUAAUUUUGUAACGAUUGGAUCCUGGUAAUUUGAAUAUAUAUCUGUUUAUCAUUUGAAGAA